AUGUGUUUUAUGUAAAUGUAUAUUUUCUCUCUGCAGUACAUCUUCGGGGAGUUCAGCCCUGAUGAGAUCAAUCAGUUCUUCGUGACUCCACGAUGUUAUGUUGAGCUUCCCCCCUUCAAUGACAAAGUCUCCUGCGUCAGUCAGUCUUCAGGAAGUUACUGCACUCCUGCUGUGCCUUACAUUACGGAGUCUAUGAGACGGCAGGUUUGCGGCGAAGACUACCAGCGCAUUGAGUUUGGUGUGGACGAGGUGAUGGACUUGGAGCCUGUGGGAGUGAAGGAUCCUCUCUUCAAGGUGUCCAGCACUCUGAACCCCCAGGCUCCGGAGUUCAUCCUGGGCUGUCAGCCGUCUCAGAAUGUCCUGCAGACAGCCACAGCCCUCUCUCCGGCGGCAGACGUCCCAGACGGAGCACACUACAACUCCCUGGACGGCCCGGAUGGCCCCGACGGCCCAGAUGGCCCAGACUCGGAGCCCUGCGCCAUGGACAGCAACCAGAACUGCCAGGAUGGGGACGGGGGCCCGGGCAGCUUGGGCCAGAGGGAGAGGAAGAAAAAGAAAAAGCGACCGCCAGGAUACUACAACUACCUGGAGGGUUCGGGCCCCAAUAGCGGUGGCAUGGGCAUAGACGGGCCUCCUGGAAAGGGGUUGGUGAAUGGACACGCUCUUAGCGGCCCUCACCUCGGGUCGCAGGACAUGGUUGGUAAGGCAUUGUCAGGGGGCAAACUUUCCACCUCAGCCCCUGUCACUAGGGCAGCAGCGGCGGAUGCGUCGGCUGCUGUGAAUCAGAGGACUUGUGAUAGCCCUGAUGAAUCGUCUUUGGACUUCACGAGUGGAGCUGCCUCUUUAUCAGAUGGUAAAGACGCGGCUUCCUCCUCCUCCUCCUCUUCCUCCUCCUCUCAGAGCAGUGGGGGGGCAGAGGGGGGCAGGACUGCAGAGCAGCAGCCUGAGAACAUGGCUCCAGAGAGCCCUGAACUGCUGGGCAGCGGCGGGCACAGCCCCUGCCCCACCUCCCCUCCUCCUCCCUCGGUUGCUGAGGCCAGCCCCCCUGCCACCAUUGCUACUGCUACUACUGAAGAAGAGGAGGAGACUGGGGACAGUGGGGUGGCCAAUGGGCUGGCUGAGCCCCAUGCUGGAAACAGUGCAGACGGACACAAGGAGGCCUCUGAGGCAGGGGAGCAGCCCCAGCAGCAGGCCCCAGCUCCCUCAGUGGAGCCUGCCUCGUCCCCAGACUCUGAGGCCCAGCCGGCGGUGGCAGAGCAGCCUCAGUCGCCUGCCCCUCCGGCUGCGCCCGCUGCCAACCCCCCCAAAUCCUGGGCUAGCCUCUUCCACAACUCCAAGCCUCUGCCUGGAAGCCCUCAGGCCUACGUGGAGGUAAAGAACGUGGUGGAGGUAGUGGCUCCCUUCCUGGCCGCCAUGGAGCAGCAUGAGAAGACUGGGGAGGUGAAGGAGAGCCCUGUCCAUGUAUCAGAGGAUCCCAUGGCCCCUAAACUUGCAGAACUAAUUGAGAAUGUGAAGUUAAUACACAAACCAGUUUCUUUGCAACCAAGAGGAUUGAUCAACAGGGGAAACUGGUGCUAUAUCAACGCUACAUUGCAGGCCCUGAUUGCUUGCCCCCCCAUGUAUCACCUGUUGAAGUCCAUUCCCCUGUUCAAUGACACCCAGAGACCCUGUACUUCCACACCCAUGAUGGACAACUUUGUAAGGCUUGUCAAUGAGUUCAGCAACAUGCCUGUGCCAUCCAAAGCCAAACAGCAAGCUGCUGGCGAAAAGAUAAUAAAAGACAUUCGACCAGGUGCUCCUUUUGAACCCAACUACAUCUACAGACUCCUCACCCUCAUCAAGUCUAGUCUCUCAGAGAAGGGUCGACAGGAGGAUGCGGAGGAGUACCUGGGCUUCACCCUCAACGGACUGCAUGAGGAGAUGCUGGCUUUGAAAAAGCUAAUCUCCCCUCAGGAAGAUAAAGCCCCCACACCCAAUGGCCCAGAGUCCCAGUCAGGUGUGGAUGACGAUGCUGCUGAUAAGGAGGAGGGGAGCGAUGAGGAAUGGGAGCAAGUGGGCCCCCGAAACAAGACCUCCAUUACCCGUCAAGCUGACUUUGUCCGCACCCCCAUCACUGACAUAUUCGGAGGGCACAUCCGGUCGGUGGUGUACCAGCAGAACUCUAAGGAGUCAGCCACCCUGCAGCCCUUCUUCACCCUGCAGCUGGACAUCCAGUCAGAGAAGAUCCGCACCGUUCAGGAGGCCCUAGAGACCCUGGUGGCACGCGAGUCGGUUCAGGGCUACACCACUAAAUCCAAGCAGGAGGUAAGGGUCUUACACACACA